CUUUUUCAGUCAUCUACACUGGUCAUCACUGUCCGCUGUGAGCACCCCAGGAAGACAUGAGGGACAAGAGCCUGAUCAUUCUGGGGGUCGUGACCUUUUGUGUGUGCGUGUCUACUGCAGUGGAGGAGGAUAUUCUACAGCUCAACAACGGCAACUUCAAUAAGGCUUUGAGGGAGCACAGUGAGCUGCUGGUGCACUUCUACGUCCCCAUGACUGCAGAUGUCCAUAAAGUGUCUGAGGCCUUUCAGGAAGCAGCUGCAGAACUUCAGGGGUCAGAGGUCAGGUUUGCCAUGGUGGAUAUAGUAAACGAGAAAGACUUGGCUAAAAAGCUGAACGCCACAGAGCCCCCCUUCAUAAGACUGUACCUGUCUGGAGACAAGCACAAUCCUGUACCAUGCCCUGUUCCUAAGACGUCCUCCUCCAUCCUGACCUGGCUAAAGAGGAGGGCGGGCUCUCCUACUGACAUCAUCACAGACAACAUCCAAUCAGAUGACCUGCUGGUGGUUGGGUUCUUUAAAGAGCUGAAUGAUGCUUACAUCCAGGUGUUUUAUGAGGCAGCAAUAGACCUCCCUGAACUGACCUUCGCCCUGACCCAGAAUAAGGAUGUCGUCAGUAAAUAUGACCUUGUGGAUGAUGUCAUUUUGGUGCUUAAAAAGUCCAGGCUGAUGCAGGCUUACAGAAUGAGGCCGGAGACGACUAAAGAGGAGCUCAUUUUGUUUAUUACCGUCUUCCAGAUGGACCCAGUCACUGAAUAUUCAGGAGAGACUGCUUCACAGAUCUUGAGCUCUCCCAUUCCAAACCAUGCACUUUUAUUCAUCAGUAAAACAUCUCCAGAUUAUGAAAAGAUAUAUAUCGCCUUCAACCGCUCUGCUGCUGCCUUCAGGUUAAAAAUUUUGUUUGUCCUGGUGAAUGUGGAUGAGUCCCGGAACGGCCGCCUCCUGGAAUACUUCAGAGUGCGAGACUUCGAGGCUCCUCUGAUCAGAAUAGUGAACCUGACUGAUCAUGUGACCUACCAGCUGCCCUCGCUCACUCUGGAUGUGGACACCAUCGGCGGCUUCUGUCAGGACUAUCUAAAUCGCAUUGCUAAGCCAAAGCUGCAGAGUGAGCCUGUUCCAGAGGGGUGGGAACAGGAGCCGGUGAAACAGCUGGUGGGGUCCACUCUAGAGAAAGUGGCUUUUCACCCAAACAAGACCGUCUUUGUCCUCUUUUACCUGCCAUACAGCCCACAGUCCCGCGCUGUGUUCCCGCUGUGGGAGGAGUUGGCAGAGGCGUUUGAGGACCAGGAGGAUGUGGUAAUCGCUCGUAUGGAUGCCUCUGCCAAUGACAUCAACAUGUCUAUGCACCGCCAGUACCCCUCGUUCUGCCUCUUUCCUGCUCUGUACGCUGAAAGGGUGGUAGUUUACACUGGUAAGCACCAACUGAAGCACCUGGUAAAGUUUGUACAUAAAGAAAUGGAGAAAGCCAAAAAAGACAGAGUUAAGGAAGAUGAAGACAGAAGGAAAUACAUGGAUUCCUUGAGAGAAGAAGAAGCCAAAAAAGCCAACCAAAGUAAAGACGAGCUUUAACAAAGCUUAAAUGUGGCAACAGCACAAGACAUAAAAUGCCCUUAACCACCCCAUUUGGAGAAAUCUGCCUUUUUACAUUAUUAAAAUGUUUUAAGAAGUUAAGCAGAAGUUUGUGUAUUUUUUAAUUCAUGUUUAUUUUGUCCCUAUUUAUGAUUCACAAACGUGGGUAGUAUUUAUAUUAGCCCAUUUGAGUAACACUAUAGCCAACCGAGCAGGUAAUACAUGAUUU